AUGAACGCACUUAGACCUACAAUCUCUCGCUCUGUCGCACAAGCUUCUCGCAGCCAAAUGCGCACCAAGGCAAGCGCUGCAUUCCCACCUCGCAAAGGAUACGACUUCAAGAAGGAAUGGCUGAGCGACCCAUCCACUUACCCCAUCAUUGCCAUCAUGAGCGGCGGAAUGCUUUUCAUGACUGGAAUGACAAUCAAUGCCUUGACGUACAAGGGUGUUUACGUCAACCCUAACAAGCGUGGAGCUGUGUUGACCACUUGGGGAGAGGAGCAUAAGACAGGAGUAAUGGAAAAGUUUGUCGAGCUCCGAGGAGGUGUCAGGACCGAGGGCCUUGGCAUUGACCACGAGAAGUGGGCACAGGAGAAGGAAGCCUACAUGAAAAAGUAA